AUGAAUCCAGAACCUAUUACUUUUUCAUCUUUAAUUGUACUUAAUAUGAGUGCAUUUCCAAAUUUAUCACUAUAUUCAAAUGGAUUCAGCUCAUAGAAUUUUAAUUUGAGAUCAUUUCACUAAUUGAAAGGUGAUUUAGAUCAAGAUUAUUAGAAUUGCGUUUUCAGAAUACUGCCCAUUCUGAAUUAUAAAGCUCAUGAUGAUCUUUUAAGACAAUUUUAAGUUUCUAAUUUUAAAAAUUUAGAAUUGUAUGAAUAAGGUUAAAGAAAAAAUAAAAUUUAAACCACAUUGCUUAAUUUAGAAAAUGAACUAACUUCAAAUAUAUCUCUAACAAAAAAAUUAGCAGGCACACCUUUAGUUUUUAGUUCAUCAAUAUUUCACUUAGUUCAUGUUUCUUCAUUGAAAUUCUUAGCCUUAGAUGAUCAAAAUCUAGAAGCAUUAUAAUUUAAAUUAAUUGACUUUCCAAAUAAUAAUACAUUAUUAAAAUUCAACCCUUGUUUGAAUUUUCAAAAAUUAAGAACAAAUUUAGUAUAUAGUGGUGAUGUAGUUUGUAUAUCUGCAAAUAAGUAAGUAUGUAAUAGAACAGCAAAUUUAUUUACUGAUUAUUGGGGAUUAAAUUAUUAUGAAUUAUAAGAUGAACCAUAAAAAUAUGAUGAUGAAGUGUGUAAAGCAAAGGUUAUAGCAUCUGUUGAAGAUUAAACUUAAUGGAGAAUCAAAAUAUUUUAAAAUCAAUAAGAAAAUGAUGAAGCCUUAUUUGUAGGAGAUGUGGCCAUAUUUCAUUUGCCAGAACUGAAUGUAACAAAUUUAUAAUCAAUAGUUAUAUUUAAAUGCAAAGAAAACCUAAGAUAUCUAAGAAAAAGUCAAAGAAAUUUUAGAUCGUAACACUGUUGAUGAUAUUAGUAAUAUGAUUCAAGAUAAAGUCAUUUAUACAAAAUAAUAGACUCUCUUUCCAGGACAAUAGGCAAUCAUUUCAAGAUAAGUGAGUGAAGAAGUAGGAAGAAAUGAAUCAAAAAACUAUAAAUCAGAUUCAUAAAAUAGUCAUAUUUAUGAGAAAUAAAGAUCUAUGCAAUCUCGUUCAUCUUAAGUUAUUUAGGCAUCAAAAAAUAUUAAAGAGAUUGAUAAGGCUUUAUAUUCAGAACUUAAAUUAUAUUUUAGUAACUUUAUAGGUAAUAAAUCUGAUAAAAUUACUAUUCCAUUUAGUGCUUAUUGGAGAAUAGAAUCAGAGAAUUUCACAGGAGGAGAAGUAAAAUGGGAUAAGUGUUAUCGUAUUAGACAUUUUUAAACUGGUUAAUAUUUAGAUGUUGAUAUAAUGAGAUAAGUAAUACUUACAGAAAAAGUGACAAAGAAUACUUUAUUUUAAUUUGUACCUAUUAAAAAGAAUUCUAAAUUUGUUGAUAAAGAAUCUUAUUUCUUAAUUAAACAUUUUUUGUCUGGUACUUAUUUAAAUAUAAGAAAUGAUCCUGUAUGUACAACCUAAGAUGUUAAUUUAAUUAAUUGUAUUAAAUUUAGAAAAACUGAUUAUGAGGAUAUUUGGGAAAAAAGAUUUUUAGUAUUUUUAGUACCUAUUUUAAAAGAGGCAAUUUCUUAUUUUGAAAUACUUUAACCUCUUACAAGUAUUGCAUGUAUGAAAAAAAAUGAAGUCUAAGAGAGAAUUGAAUUUUAUUAUCUUUUUGAAAAGCUUAAUUCCUUACUAGAAAUCUUGAAUCAAUUUAUGUAUAACAAAUUAGUGAGUAACAUAUAAACAACAUAAGAUUUCUCAUUUGUUUCAUAAAAUAGAUAAGAUAUUAUAAGAGAAGAAAAUAUUCUACCUUUAUUAAUAUGGUUAAUAUGUAAGACAUUCCCUAAUCCUGAUGAAAAAAUAGAAGGAACUGAACAAAAUUUAAUAAAAGAUUUGUGUGGUGAGAAUUCAUUUAUUUUAAGAGUUUAAACUAUGAUUUAAUAAAAGAUGGAUAAAACUAAUGAUAUAGAAUAUGAGAAAAAAGUUUAGAAAUUGAAAGAAUAACUGGAAGAUAAUCAUAGAAAAAGGAAAAGGUUAUUACAAUUAAAACUAUUUCAAACCAUCAAAAUAGCAUGUCAUAAUAAUUAAUAGAAUUAAGAAGUUCUUAUGAAAUUUUUUAAACAUUUUGAAAAACAUAUUACACAUGAUUACAUAUGUACAACAAUAAGUUAAUCUAUUACAAAUAAUUAUCAAAUAUUAAGUAUGUUGAAUAAAUAGGAAACACCAUAUGAAAUGAAAUCUACUAUGAAUUUCAAUAUGGCAGAAUAAAAAAAUUAAAAAAGUUAAAGUACAAUUUUAUCAAGACUCUUGGACAUUAUUUCUAAGAGUGAUCAACUUCAACCAGAAUUAUUACAUUUUCUAUCUGAAACUUGUGAAGCAAAUGGUGAACCUGUAUUUUCUAAUUAAGAAUAUCUAUUGAAUAGCAUUUAAUUAUUGAAUCAAAAGGUCAAAAAUGAUAAAGGAGAAGAAAAGGUAUAUAUGAAUUUAGAACCUAUAUAAGAGAAAGAUGGAAACUAUACAGAAUUUUAUAUUACUUAUAGAACUUCAAACAAAAAUUAUGUUACUAGAAUGUUACAUGAUUUCUUAAAUGAUUAUAGAUAAUACAAAGAUGAAGAUCAUUUUUAUGUGGUAUAAUACAACUAUUUAAUUGAAUAAUUGGCUUUUUUUUCAAAUAUUUGUUUUCAUAGAAAUACUGCAGCAAGAGAAUUGAUCUCCAAAACAUUUACUUAUUCCUUUUUAUUAUCUUAUGCUGAAUAAAAUAACCAUUCAUAAGUAUUUAUGAAUGGAGAACAGAAUUUUGUAGAUGAAUAAGUAAGAGCCUAUUUUUUCAGAAUGAUUAGAACUUUAUAUAUUGAUAGAGAACCUUAUACAACAACUCCUAAACCAGAAUUAGUAAGAAUUUAAGAAGAAAAAACUACUUAAAAAUCUUUGUUUUUAUUUGAUGAAACAUCAAGUCAAAAGUAUGAAAAAGGGGGAUUUGAUAUUUAAAAAUUGAAAUUGAAGAUGCUCUAAUAUUUACAUGAAUAAUCAGUUAAAUUGGACAAUAAUGUAGAAGAAGAAACUGUUUACAAUUUAGAAACUUUAGAAAUCAUUAAGAUAUUAGAAUUAAUGUUAAAAUUUGAGUUAUUUUGGAAAAGAGAUGUUGAAGGUCCAAUAUAGAAAAAGAAUUCAAAUAAAAGAGGAACUUCAAUUUUUAAUAAAAUAUCAGAAAAUGGAGUAGGAUUAAAGGAAAUUGAUAAAUUAAUUACUGCAUUGUCAAAGAUUUUGGAAUAUGAUCAUCAAUAUUUUAAAUGUUUAGCUAAUGCAAAAAUUAAAAGAAAUUGGUAAACAGAGAAUGAUAAAGAGAAAGGAUUUAUGAAAUUCAAUAUAUCAGGUAUUAGUCAAGUAUUUGAAAAAGAGAAUAAGGAAAAAGAUGAAUAAUAAUAAUCAAAUCAUAAUUUUAGAUAAGUUAAAUAAUAGGAUACAGAAGUUGUAAAUGAUCCAUUGUUUAAGAAAAUGAAAAAUUUAACAAAAGUAUUAUAAAGAUACAAUAAUAAAACAUUCACCUUACGAGAAAACAAAGAAGAAGACUAUUAAGUAUUAAUCAAGAUAUAGAUAUGCUAAAUAUUCUCUUAUUUAAUGGAUGUUUCAUAAGAUUAUUGGAUAGAUAAUGCCUUAGAGUUUUAUAAAUCUCUCUAAUAAAAUAAAUAAUUAAAUGAUGAAGUUAAAGAGGAAGACUUAAUAAAACUAUUUCCAGAGGAAAUAUUAAUGUCAGGUGAAUAAUGGGUAGAUAAAUAAGAUAGUGAAAGAAAAUUAAAUAGAUCAUCUGCUCCAGUCUUAAAAAGUUUUGAUGAAGUUUUGAGAAGACCAUUUAUAGAAGUAUUGCUAAUUUCAUUGUAUUUUUCAAGAAAUCCUUCAUUAGAGAAUUAGAUUGUCGAAUUGAUAUAACGAUUUGCAAGAUAAAAAAAAGAGUUCUUAUAGCAUUUUGAGAAUAUAUAAAUUUUAGAUACUAAUGAAUCUCAAUAAUUAUUUAAUGUAUGGGUUUAAAUGACUUCAAUAUUAAAAAAUAACGUUUAAAGGAGUUAAACUUGGAUAACAGAAAAUAAUAGAAUUAUGCAUUAAACACUAUAAUGUUUAUGGAAAAUUGAUAGUAUAUUUUAAUAAACAGAAAGUGUUUCAUUGAAAUUGAAAUAAUAAAUAUUUGAACAUAUAGGCGGUUAUGAAGUUUUAAUAGAAUUGAUAAAUAAAGCUUUAACUGUCAUAGACUAAAAAUCUUUUCCCCCUGAUCUUAUACUAUUACUUAAGCAUACUAUGAAUAUUAUGGCUUUUUUUGCCAAAGAUAAUGAAAGGAAUUCUUUAACAGUUUAUAGAAAAGUUGUUAAGAAAAUCAUUUAAAAUAGCAAUUAAAAUAUUGGUUAAAUAAGUUUAAUAUGUUCAUUAUUUGAGAAGAAACCAACUUUGUAUGGAUAACUUGGAUAAUAAGAAUAUGAUUAUUUUAUAUAAUUAAUAAAAUAACAUGGAAGAUAUCCUGAAUUUCUGUAAUUUUAUUUAGAAAUUGUAGAAGUUACAGAGAUAUAUUCAAAAAAAUCAGUUGAUAUGUUUGAAAUAAUAAUUGAAAAAUUAACAGAUCCUAUGGGUUUAUCACCUGAUUAAGAUAAUUACAAUCCAUUAUAUCCAUUUUAAGAUUCUUAUAAAAUCACUGAUUUUUUUGAUUACACUCCUAACAAAACUAAAUACUAAUUUUAUUUUAUUAAUAUCAUAUCAAAAUGUCUAUCAAAAAAGAUUAGAGCUUCAUUAAUUAGUCAAGCUAUUGAAUUUUUAAAAUUGUAAGAUCUUCUAGAAAAUACAUUUAUAGUAACAUAAAGAAUAUUAGGAUGUAUAAAAUAAAAAGAAAAACCUCAUUAUGAGGACACAUAAUUAUAGAGUGAUUAUUGGAAUAUUAUUAAAACUAUGGUAUUUCAUAAACCUGAAACACUUGAUGAACUUAUGUUUCCACAUAAUUCUGAAAUUUUAAAUAAAAUACUUACUGAUGAACAUAAGGCAAUUAAACAAAAAGAUAAAUUUAUACCUUAAAAUUUGAAUUAUUUGUUUGAUUCUUUAUUACCUGUUGUAAAUAGAUAUAAUGAAUUAUUACAAAAUGCCUUAUUAUCUUCUGAAAAAGAUUAACAUUAAAUAAGUGAAUUUGUAUCAUUCUUUUUAGAAAAUCUUGAUAAAAUGUUCUUUUUAGCACCAGCAGAAUUAACUAAUAAUAAAUAAAGAUUAAAAACUAUAUCAGAUUUAGGUUAAAGUUUUAAUAUUCAAAUUCCUAUAAAAUUCUUUUAACCAGAUCCUAAUAUCUCUUAGGAUGAAAGAACAGCUGACAUGUAAACUCAUAAUGAUGCAUCUUAAGAAAACAAUUAAAUAAAUCAAUUUCGUAAAAAAUAUUUUGGUUAAGAAUUUGUUAAAGAUUUAGUUAAAAAGGAAUCUUUAAAAUUAUCAAAUUCAAUUUGGACAAUAUAAAAUAUGUUUAAAGAUGAUAGAAAAUAAGAGGUAAAAGAUUUAUUAUUGACAAAUUCAGAUAUUAUUGUUAAAAUUCUAACUUAUUUGGAAUUUUGGAAGACAAAUGGUGCUAGUAGAGAGAAUAUUAUCUUUAUUCUUAAAGUAUUAUCAGCUAUAUUAAAAGAUACAGAAAAUGAAUUAUAUGAGAGAUAAGUGUUAUUUAAUAGAAUGAAUGUUACUUAAAUAUUAAUUGUUUUAUUAUGUGAAUCUGAAUUAGAACCAGUUUAUAUGGGUACAAUAAUGUCAUUUAUGAUACUAUUACUUAAAAAUGGAAAUUAAAAUGUUUAAAAAACUGCAUAUGAGUAUUUUUUAUCAAAUACUUAAUGUGAAAAGUUUUUUAAAUAACUUAAAAAUGUAUUUGAUAUCCAAAUAUUAUCAAUGAGUAGAGCUCAUAAAUUAAAUGAUUAAGAAAAUAAAUUAGUUUGUAAAGCUUUAAAAUUAGUAUAAUUAUUUUGUGAAGGACAUAAUUAAGACCUUUAAAAUUAUAUGAGAUCUUAAAGUAAUUAAAAGAAUAGUUUUGAUUUAGUAUCUUAAAUUGUAUUAUUACUUUCUACUUUUUAAAUUUCUAAAGGAAAUUUUGAAAGUGUUUUAUAAUGUUUUGAAACAUUAACAGAAUUAAUCCAAGGACCUUGCAAAUAAAAUUAAUAAACAUUAUUAAAAAGUAGUCUUUUAGAACAUGUAGUAUUGAUUUUAUCAGAAGAUGAAAAAAUAUUUGAAUAAUCUAAUUAGUAUUUUAAAUAUGAUGGUGAAAAAUAAUAUAGAUUAGCUAUUCAUCCAGGAUAAUUAGCAAGAUUGAAGUUUAAAUGUUUAAAUUGUUUAGUAUCAUUAUUAGAAUGUUGUGAUCCUUAAAAUUCUGAUAUUGCUAGAUUAGUAAGAGUUAUUCCAUUAAGUAUAUUAACAAAUAAUCUUACAAGAGUAUAUAAAUUAUUUAAAAAUUAAUUUGGAGCUAUUUAUAAAGAUGAAAUAUUUAAAAGAGCUGAGAAUGAAAUAACAAAUGAUGAACCAGCAGUAAAUUAAGAAUUUAUAAUAGAAAAUGGAUUUUGUAUAUUUUUGUUAAUGUAAUAAUUUCUUGGAAAUUAAAAGGCUAAAUAAUUGUUAUAUGAGGAUAAUGAAAUGAAUGAUGUUUUAAAUGAGUUUUCUGAAAAUAAUAAUAAAGAAGAAGAUAAUGCAAUAGCAAAUAUAUUUUCAGGUUUAGAAAAUUUUGCAAAAAUGGGUGGCAAUUUAAUAGGAUAAAUAGGAUUGCCUUAGAAAUCAGAAGAGGAAAAAUUACUAUAAGAAAAAUUAGAGUAAAAAGAAUUAACAAAAAAUGCUAUUAAAUUUUUUAGAUAAAAUACUUGCUCAAUUGAUAUGAUUAGAGAUUAAAAAUUGUAUACAAUUUAUUUUCCUAAAUUACCUAUUUGUAAAUUACCAAAAAGUGCUAGACUUGAAUUUCAUGAUUAAGUUGAUAGAACAAGCAGUAAGACUAAAUUAACAUAUUUAAUGGAAAGAGCUAAUUUUCUAAUUAAGGUUAUGGAAUAUGAAGAAAAAUUGAAUUAAGUAUUUGCUAAAAAUCCAAUUUUUGCAUUUUUUGCAACAUCAGGAAAAUUAUGGGAAAAUUGUGCAUUUGUAACAACAUUAGUUAUUAAUCUUAUUGUUUUAUUAAGUUAUUCAUAAUCAUUUUAUAAUGAAGGAUAAUCUGAUUAAACAGGUGAUUUGAUUUAUGAAAGAUUAUAAGAUCCAAGAUUAUUAGAAUAUUCAGAUUUUAAAUGGACACCUAUUUUAAUAUAAGGAUUGGGAAUCACAAUGUUAGUGUUUAGUUCAUUAAUAGUUUUCUUCUUUUUAGUGAAAAGAGCACCUCUAAAAGUUGAUCAUAUAUGGGAAGAUUAUCAAAAACCAAAAACAGUAAUGAAAAUGAUUUGGGAUGUGAGUAUAAGGGGAUUAAAAAGUUUAGUUAUUUUAUUAUAGGAUUCAGAUAUAUUGUAUUAUUGUAUCUAUAUUAUUGCUGGAAUUGUUGGGUUAACUGUUCAUCCAUUUUUUUUUGCAUUUCAUUUAAUGGAUUUCUUAAAGUUAGAAUAAUUAAAAACUGUUUUGGAUGCAAUUUGGGGUCCAAGAUAAGAAAUAGGAUUAGCAAUUCUAUUAUUGGCUGUAGUUGAAUAUUAUGUAGGAAUUCUUGGAUUUGUCAUAUUUUUUAAUGAUUAUCCAAUAGUUAAUGGAACAAGUUGUAGAAUAUUAUCAGAUAAUGAUCAUAUUAUAUGUGAGAGGGGAUGUAGUACAUUGUGGCAAUGUAUAUUUAUGAGUUUUGAUUUAACAUUCAAAUUCACAGGUGCAAUAGGUCCAGGAAUUAUGGAUUAUGAAACUGUAACUGAAAUAUCUUAAAGUUAUGAUAUGAUUGUAAAUGGUUGGGAUAGAGUAAUCUAAUCAUAAAAUGAAUAUGAUGGAGUUGAUCAUCGCUUUACUUCUAAUUACUUUAGUCGUUUUGUAUUUGAUAAUGCUGUCAAUAUUGUAUUAGUUAUGAUUAUGCUCAAUAUGAUAUAAGGUAUUAUUGUAGAUACUUUUGGUUCAUUAAGAGAAAAACUUUAAGAAAGAAUUAAAGAUUAAACUAUGAAAUGCUUUAUAUGUGGUAUCACAAGAGAAAAAUUCGAAAAAAAUGAUGAAGGAGGUGGUAUGGGCUUUCAAGAACAUAUAUAAUUAGAACAUUAUAUGUGGAAUUAUAUUUAUUAUUAUGCUUAUUUGAAACAUAAAGAUGAAAAUGAUUAUAAUGGUAAUGAAUCAUAUAUUAAAUCAAAAAUUGGUUUAAAGGAUAUAAGUUGGAUGCCUAUAAAAAGGUAAUUAAAAUAUUCAUUAUUUUUAGAGCAAGAUUUGCUGAAGAAGAAAUGGAUGAUUAGUAAAAAGGUAAUGAAAUCUAAGAAGAAAUUGAAAUCAAAAUGAAAGCCAUGAAUGAUUCAUUAGAAAAAAUAUAAGAUAGAAUGAAACAUAUAAUAGAUAUUAUCAAUAAUUAACCUGUAAGCAUGACAGAAACAUAUCAUUGA